CCCCGCCCUCUCUAGGAAGUGGUGCACAACAUGUCGCCGUGCAGCAGAGUUGUGUGUUACUUUGUGCUGUUGCUGGGUUCUGUCGUUUUCAGCUCUGCGGAUGUGGACCCCGAGUUACGACGCACGAAUCCGCAUAAGCCAGUCCGGCUCUUCACCGACGAGGACCUGGCAAUCUACAAUGGGGAACAGGCGGAUCAGCCCAUAUACAUGGCAGUAAAGGGAGCUGUGUUUGAUGUUUCAGCUGGAAAAGAGUUCUAUGGAAAGGGAGCUCCAUAUAAUGCACUGGCGGGAAAGGACUCUACACGAGCUGUGGCCAAGAUGUCUCUGGAACCAGAAGAUCUUAUUUCUGACACGACCGGCCUCACCGAGGAACAGCUGAAGUCUCUAGACGACAUCUUUGAGAACGUGUAUAAGAAAAAAUACCCAAUUGUUGGCUACACCGCCCAGCGCAUCCUGAAUGAGGACGGCAGCCCCAACUCCGGCUUUAAACCCGAGGAUCAACCGCACUUCAAGAUCAAAGAUGAAUUUUAAAGAACUUGAACACUGAUAAAGAAAAUAUUUGCCUUAAAGGGGUUGUGGUGUGCUAAAAAACGGAGGUGGGGUCUUUUAAUGAAACUGCACCGCUCUUGUCCGUGGUAUUGCAGCUUAGCCUAAUUCACUCAAAAGCUGCAGUAGCAGACACGGCCUGUGGACAAAUGUGGCGCUGUUUCUUUUAAAGAAACCACAUUUUUUCUUUAAAGUGGUUAUUUAAAUAUUAGAUUUUUUUUCCCCUUUCUUUCUUCUAUCAGUCUGAGUAUUAUAACCUAGGAGUAACAAACCAUAGCGUUUACAGGGUUUAGACAGUCCAUAUAUACCUGCCUUCUGGUUCGGAGGGAGAAGGCAUGUUCAGCUUACAUCAGGAAAGGGAACUAGCACAGGCACCCUAAGGGUCAUGCACACAAACGUAUUUUUUGUCCGUUCCGUUUUGUUUUAUUUUUUUGCGGGUCAUAUGCGGAACCAUUCAUUUCAGUGGUUCCGCAAAAAAACGGAAAUGACUCAGUGUCCGCAUGUCCGUUCCGCAAAAAUGAUAGAACUUGUCCGUUUUGCAGACAAGGGCAGGCAUUGUUACAGUGAAUCCGCACAAAAAAACUGAUGUCACACGGACGUCAUCAGUUUUUUUUUGCGGAUCUGUGUUUUGCGAACAGCAAAAUACAUAGGUUCAUGUGCAUGAGCCCUAAAUAAUAGUACCUGAUCCAAUAUGGGAUGGUGGAUGGAAAACAUUCAGUCUAUGGCCGUACACACAUGCUGUAAUGGAAAGCCGCGGUUGGUGACGUCUCCUCAAGCACUAAACGUCGAUGUAGCCAUGCAGGUGUGGAUGGAGUACCCUCAUCAUAGCAGUGUCAUUAGAGAAUGGGGGGGGGGGCCAUAAAUGCUAGUUUAGGGAACAGUCCCAAUAAUACUGCAUCCAAUUUGGCAUUUAUAACCUAAAUGAUGAAGAAUGAGCCCCUUUCUGCCGGAUACUGCCACAGCCAUCUGUGACAGGAGGUCUUGAUGCUUACAUCCCUUUUCCAUGGCGGGAAUACAUUUCCAUCUAUGGAGUCCCCCUCUCUGCGCAGCUCCUCGCCACUCAUUACAAGGAGAAAGCCGACCAGUAAUGGGUCCCCCUUUUUUUUUUUUAGGGCCCAUUUGGCAGUGCAAGGGUUACUUUUAAGGUAGAUGUCUUUGUCUUAUGAAAUAAAGAUCCUUUGAGUAAUUGUACUGCUCCAAGGGUAACGCAUGAGUAAGACCAUUACAAAAAUAUGGCGCCUUAUGCACCUGCUGCAUCAUGAUUACAAGGUUCUCCUUUACCGCCACUAGAAGAAACUGCGCUGAGUGUAUUUCGAGCGUCCUCCGAAGUGUUUUAGUUAGACCUUAGAAACUGCGUGUACCGUACAACAAUUCUGAUUAAUGCCCAUGCGUUAUGUACAUGACGUCCGUGUUGCAUCCGUCUGCUUUCCACAUCUAUAUGUCCAAUCCGUAAAAAGAUAGAACAUGUCCUAUACUUGGCCGCAAAAUGCGGACCACGGACCCGUUGAAGUCGAUGGGUCCGCAAAAAAUGCAAAUGCAAACCGGAUGGUAUCUGUAUUCUGCGGAUCCGCAAUUUGCAGAGUACAUACGGUUGUGUGCAUGA